AUGAAAGAACAAAAAUUGAUUCAUGAGGGUUUAAUUACUGAAUCACUUCCCAACGGUAUGUUCCGAGUUCGGUUAGAUAAUGAAGAUCUAAUUCUAGGUUAUAUUUCAGGGAGAAUCCGGCGCAGUUUUAUACGUAUACUACCCGGAGAUAGAGUCAAAAUCGAAAUGAGUCGUUAUGAUUCAACCAGGGGACGUAUAAUUUAUAGACUUCGCAAAAAAGAUUCGAACGAUUAG